AUGUCGCUAGGGGCGGGAGUGAUCCGCCGGCUAGACGAAACAGUGGUGAACCGCAUCGCGGCGGGAGAGGUCAUCCAGCGGCCGGCCAAUGCCAUCAAGGAGAUGAUUGAGAACUGCUUAGAUGCAAAGUCCACAAGUAUCCAAGUGGUUGUUAAAGACGGAGGCCUGAAACUGAUUCAGAUCCAAGAUAACGGCACCGGGAUCCGGAAAGAAGAUCUGGACAUUGUGUGUGAGAGGUUCACGACGAGUAAACUGCAGACCUUUGAGGAUUUGUCCCGCAUUUCCACGUACGGCUUCCGGGGUGAGGCUUUGGCCAGCAUAAGCCAUGUGGCUCAUGUUACAAUCACAACCAAAACAGCCGACGGAAAGUGUGCAUACAGAGCAAGUUACUCAGAUGGGAAGCUGAAAGCCCCUCCAAAACCCUGUGCAGGCAAUCAGGGGACGCAGAUCAUGGUGGAAGACCUCUUUUACAACAUCACCACGAGGAGGAAAGCUUUGAAAAAUCCCAGUGAGGAGUAUGGGAAGAUUCUGGAAGUUGUUGGCAGGUAUUCAAUACACAAUUCAGGCGUUAGUUUCUCUGUUAAAAAGCAAGGUGAGACCACGGCCGAUGUGAGAACCCUGCCCAAUGCCACCACCGUGGACAACAUUCGCUCCAUCUUUGGAAAUGCUGUCAGUCGAGAAUUAAUAGAAGUUGAGUGUGAGGAUAAAACCUUGGCCUUCAAAAUGAAUGGCUACAUAUCGAAUGCCAACUACUCGGUGAAGAAGUGCAUAUUCUUACUUUUCAUCAAUCAUCGUCUGGUCGAAUCGGCUUCCUUGAGAAAAGCUAUAGAAACGGUAUAUGCGGCAUAUCUGCCCAAGAACACACACCCAUUUCUGUAUCUCAGUUUAGAAAUCAGCCCCCAGAAUGUGGAUGUCAACGUGCACCCCACGAAGCAUGAGGUUCACUUCCUGCACGAGGACAGCAUCCUGGAGCGUGUGCAGCAGCACGUGGAGAGCAAGCUCCUGGGCUCCAACUCCUCCCGGCUGUACUUUACCCAGACCCUGCUGCCAGGACUCGCUGGCCCCUCUGGAGAGGUGGUUAAAUCCACAAUGGGGGUGACCUCUUCUUCUGCUUCUGGAAGUGGAGACAAGGUCUACGCACACCAGAUGGUUCGCACAGAUUCCCGGGAACAGAAACUUGAUGCCUUUCUGCAGCCAGUGAGCACAGCCCCGUCCAGCCGGCCCCAGGCCCUCGUCCCGGAAGAGCGCACAGGUGGUCCCAGUGGCAGUGUGAGGCCACAAGAUGAGGAGAUGCUCGAACUCCCAGCCCCCGCUGAGGCGGCUGCAGAGAAUCAGGGCGCGGGAGAGGAGUCAACCAUGGAGACUUCAGAAACAGCAGAGAAGAGAGGGCCAACUUCCAGCCCCGAAAAGCCCAGAAAGAGACCCCGGGAGGGCGCUGAUGUGGAAAUGGUGGAAGACACUUCUCAGAAGGAGAUGACCGCAGCCUCGACCCCCCGGAGGAGGAUCAUCAACCUCACCAGUGUCCUGACGCUCCAGGAGGAAAUCGGCGCGCGUGGCCAUGAGGCUCUCCGCGAGAUGCUGCAUAACCACUCCUUUGUGGGCUGUGUGAAUCCGCAGUGGGCCUUGGCUCAGUAUCAGACCAAGUUAUACCUUCUCAACACCACCAAACUCAGUGAAGAAUUGUUCUACCAGAUACUCAUUUAUGAUUUUGCCAAUUUUGGUGUUCUGAGAUUAUCGGAACCAGCGCCCCUCUUUGAGCUCGCCAUGCUCGCGUUAGACAGCCCGGAGAGCGGCUGGACCGAGGACGACGGCCCCAAGGAAGGGCUUGCCGAGUACAUCGUGGAGUUCCUCAAGAAGAAGGCCGAGAUGCUCGCCGACUAUUUCUCCCUGGAAAUUGACACGGAAGGGAACCUGGUAGGAUUACCCCUCCUGAUUGACAACUACGUGCCGCCUCUGGAGGGUUUGCCCAUCUUCAUCCUUCGCCUCGCCACUGAGGUGAACUGGGAUGAGGAAAAGGAAUGUUUCGAAAGCCUCAGUAAAGAAUGUGCCCUGUUUUACUCCAUCCGGAAGCAGUACAUGAGCGAGGAAUCCACCCUGUCCGGCCUGCAGAGCGACAUGCCUGGCCCUGCUCCGAAGCCCUGGAAAUGGACCGUGGAGCACGUCAUCUACAAAGCCUUCCGCUCACACCUCCUACCCCCUAAGCGCUUUACAGAAGAUGGCAACAUCCUGCAGCUUGCUAACCUGCCUGAUCUCUACAGAGUCUUUGAGAGGUGUUAAAUGCGGUCACUGACGGA